AAACGGCGUUCCCUUGGUGAGGCUUGCCUCAAAACACCGCCUGACGCCUGUGGGUUUUUCUUCACGUUCAAUGCGUCAACAAAACAACAGAAUAACUCCAAACAUAUUAGCUACUUUAUUAUCAGUAAUACAGAAGCAAUAUUUCCUUGUCUGAAAUUCUCUUGGGCUUGAUUUUUUGUAUGAAUUCACAAUGUCUAUGGAAAUAGAGAGCGCCGAGUAAGUAUUGAAUGUGGUGCGACUAAUCCAGCAAUACUUGAAAGAAAACAACUUGCACAAAACAUUGCGAUGCCUGCAAGAAGAAACCUCUAUCACCCUCAACACAGUGGACUCGGUAGAAAGCUUCAUGGCUGACAUUAACCAGGGCCACUGGGACACUGUUCUCAAAGCUAUUCAAACUCUUAAGCUUCCUGAUAAAAAACUCAUUGAUCUCCAUGAACAGGUUGUUCUGGAGCUGAUUGAACUGCGCGAGCUUGGUGCUGCCAAAUCUGUUCUCCGCAACACAGACCCAAUGAUCAUGCUUAAGCAAGCUGUGCCUGAAAGAUAUGUGCAUCUGGAGAACCUGAUCGCGCGGUCUUACUUCGACCCCCGUGAAGCAUAUCCUGAAGGGGAGACUAAGGAGCGUCGCCGCGCUGCCAUUGCUGCGGCGCUGGCCGGCGAGGUGUCUGUGGUGGCGCCCUCCAGGCUACUUGCUCUACUGGGACAAGCAUUGAAGUGGCAGCAACAUCAGGGACUCUUGCCACCUGGUACUGCCAUUGAUUUGUUCAGAGGCAAGGCGGCCAUGAGAGAACAUCAGGAGGAGGAGAAGGAGCCCACACAGCUGGCUAGGAGCAUCAAGUUCCCAGCAAAUGCGCACGUCGAGAGCGCCCAGUUCAGCCCUGACGGCCAGUACCUCGUCACUGGUUCCUUUGAUGGUAUCAUUGAGGUCUGGAACUUUACUACAGGCAAGAUCCGUAAAGAUCUGAAGUAUCAGGAGCAAGACUCGUUCAUGAUGAUGGAGAGCGCCGUCCUCAGCCUUGCAUUCAGCAAGGACUCUGAGAUGCUGGCUACAGGCUCACAGAACGGCCAGUUGAAGGUGUGGAAGAUCACGACUGGUCAGUGCCUGCGGAAGGUAGACCGGGCUCACAGCGAAGGCGUCACUUCUCUCGCUUUCAACAAAGACAAUAACCAGGUUGUCUCCACCUCCUUUGACAACAAUAUCCGUAUUCACGGUCUUAAAUCCGGCAAAAUGCUGAAGGAGUUCCGUGGACAUUCUUCCUUCGUGAAUCACGCUACCUUCACCCAAGAUGGCCACAACCUCAUCAGUGGUUCUUCGGACGGCACGGUGAAAGUUUGGUCUGUGAAGACCUGCGAGUGCGUACACACCUUCAAGUCCUUGGCCGGAACUGCUGCUGUUGAUUUACCUGUUUAUUCUGUCCACAUCCUGCCCAAAAAUCCAGACCACAUCAUCGUCUGUAACCGCUCCAACACGGUGUCUAUCAUGAACAUGCAGGGCCAGACGGUGCGCUCGCUGUCGUCGGGUAAGAGAGAAGGAGGAGACUUUGUGGCGUGUGUGGUGUCACCCCGCGGCGACUGGAUAUACUGUGUCGGAGAGGACCACGUGCUAUACUGCUUCAGCACCUCAUCGGGCAAACUGCAGAGAACGCUCAAUGUCCACGAAGAGAACGUGAUCGGUAUGUGUCACCACCCACACCAGAACCUGCUGUCCACAUUCAGCGAAGAGGGACUCCUGAAGUUGUGGAAACCGUAAAUUUAUGAUUAUAAUUUUAAUUAAACUCGGACUGUCAAUUCCCAUAAAUUUUCGUAUGCGCU